AUGUCCUUCACCACCACCACCGGCCGCCGCCACCGCUUCACAGCUGCAACCGCCGGAACCGACUCCACUACCGCCGUCGACUGCCACAAGCAGGUCCGGUCAUGGCGGGUCCUCCGCACUAUCGUCCAACUUCUCCUCCCAUCUUGCUACUGCACAUUCGUAGAGCCAAACCCACAUGAUAGCCGUAAACAAACCAGCCGGAAACGUAACAGCCACCGUAACGCCGCCACAUUCACUGGCACUAUAUUCGGUUUCCGGCGAGGAAAAGUCAACUUCUGCAUCCAAGCAACCUCGGUCGGAACCCUAAACCCUAUAAUUGUCCUACUGGAACUCGCAGUCCCCACCGAGGUUUUAGCCCAGGAAAUGCGAGGAGGGGUUCUGAGAAUAGCAUUGGAAUCAAACAACACGUACUGGGACAACGGAAACGACGAAUCUCUGUCCCAUCUAUUGUCGACACCGUUAUGGAACAUGUACUGUAACGGUCGGAAAGUCGGCUUCGCCAUUAAAAGAGAGCCGUCCAAGGCAGAGCUGGCGGCCUUGAACGUGCUCAGCAGCGUGACGGAGGGCGCCGGAGUUAUAAACGCCGACGAGAAAGAUCACGUGAUGUACUUAAGGGCAAGUUUCGAAAGAGUCUUCGGAUCCUCUGAUUCGGAAUCUUUUCAUCUAAUCGACCCACAUGGUAUCAUCGGACAGGAACUCAGUAUCUUCUUUUUCCGAAAAUGAUCAAUGUUUUUUUGCAUGGAGGAGAUGAAUGCGUCCUUGUUUGGUAAUUUCGAGAUUCGAUGGGUUUUUUUUUUCAUAUGAAGCUUUUUUUUUUCCGUGGUUGUGAUUCGAUGAAAAUAUCAGUCAUGCAGCCGGAGAUCUCAUUUUUUUGAGCUGCGCCUCAACAGCAUAGCUUUAAUCACCUUUGUAUG